GUUGAUCUCCAAAAGCUCUCUGAUCGGACGAUUUUCUCUACCCUUCCAUUUUCUCCUCAUUUUCCUUUUUGUCAUUGUCUUCUAGACAAUACUUUCCUUCCCUCUUAACCUAGUAAUCUGCCACCUCCACGAUGAUGAAGUUCCGGCCCAGACUCGGCCUAUUCACUGCCCUUCGAGCUGCUCCACCCACUCGACGCUUUGCGACAGAGGCGCGGUUAACUUCGGACCAUGUUCGCAUUGUUGAAGUAGGGGCACGAGAUGGAUUGCAGAAUGAGAAAAAGUCCAUACCACUCGAAACCAAGCUUCAGUUAAUUGAGAAGCUGUCAAAAACUGGUGUGACAACAAUUGAAGCUGGAUCGUUUGUUCCUGCAAAAUGGGUGCCUCAGAUGGCAAGCACGACGGAAAUAUGUGAAAAGCUUCUCACAUCCCCGCCGCAGUCGCAGAAUGCUAUUGCAUAUAACUACUUGGUGCCUAAUAUCAAGGGGCUAGAGAAUCUUGUCAAGAUCAUGGACACUGCGGGUGUCCCUGCAGAGAAUACUAAGACAUCCACAUCAACCGAAAUUUCACUCUUUGCUGCGGCGACGGAGGCGUUCUCCAAAGCAAAUACCAAUUGCACCAUCGCGGAGUCGUUGGAGCGCAUUCGGCCCAUUGUAGAGUUGGCCAAAACGAAAAACAUUCGUGUCCGAGGUUACGUUUCCGUUGCUCUGGGCUGUCCGUACGAAGGACCUGAUGUCUCACCGUCAAAGGUGGCCGACAUUACGGCCACCCUACUCGAGAUGGGUGCUGAUGAAGUGUCGGUAGCUGACACCACAGGUAUGGGAACAGCCCCACGUACGAUGGAGCUCCUACAAGCGCUCAAAGCGGCGGGAAUCGCGAACAAUGAUCUUGCACUUCAUUUCCAUGAUACAUAUGGACAGGCCUUGGUUAACACCGUCGUGGGAUUGGAGCAUGGCAUUCGGAUUUUCGACAGCAGUGUGGGCGGACUCGGUGGCUGUCCCUACUCCAAGGGCGCCACUGGCAAUAUCUCGACAGAAGACUUGGUUCAUACGAUUCAUAGUCUUGGAAUGCACACUGGAAUCAAUCUGGAGGAGAUGGCUAAGAUCGGCGGUUGGAUCAGCGGCGAGCUGGAUCGGGCUAACGAAAGUAGAGCCGGGAAAGCAACCCUGGCAAGGAUUCAAGAGUGA